UUGCCCCAUCAAGGCCCCGACGGACGCAUCGUGGUGCUGGAGGAGAAGAAGUCGCUGUUGCCCCUUUGGUUGCAGGUGAUCCUCAUCGCCGGGCUGCUGGUGCUGUCGGGGAUGUUCAGCGGGCUCAACCUGGGCCUCAUGGCGCUGGAUCCCAUGGAGCUGCGCAUCGUGCAGAACUGCGGCACCGAUAAGGAGAAGCGUUACGCCCGUAAGAUCGAACCCAUCCGCCGUAAGGGGAACUAUUUGCUCUGUUCACUGCUGCUGGGUAACGUGCUGGUUAACACCACCCUCACCAUCCUCCUCGAUGACCUCAUCGGCUCCGGCAUCGGCGCCGUCGUCGCUUCCACCAUCGGCAUCGUCAUCUUCGGGGAGAUCGUGCCCCAGGCGCUCUGCUCCCGCCACGGCCUGGCCGUGGGCGCCAACACCAUCGUGGUCACCAAGUUCUUCAUGCUGGUGACGUUCCCCCUCUCCUACCCCAUCAGCAAGCUCCUGGACUGCAUCCUGGGCCAGGAGAUCGGCACCGUCUACAACCGGGAGAAGCUGGUGGAGAUGUUGAAGGUGACGGAGCCCUACAAUGACCUGGUGAGGGAAGAGCUCAACAUGAUCCAGGGAGCCCUGGAGCUCCGCACCAAGACGGUGGAGGACGUGAUGACCCCGCUGCAGAACUGCUUCAUGAUCAACAGCGACGCCAUCCUGGACUUCAACACCAUGUCGGAGAUCAUGGAGAGCGGCUACACCCGCAUUCCCGUCUAUGAGGACGAGCGUUCCAACAUUAUGGACAUCCUCUACGUCAAGGACCUGGCUUUCGUUGACCCCGACGACUGCACCCCCCUCAAAACUAUCACUAAAUUCUACAACCACCCCGUCCACGUUGUCUUCCAUGACACCAAGCUGGAUGCCAUGCUGGAGGAGUUCAAAAAGGGUGAGGGGUCCCACCUGGCCAUCGUGCAGAAGGUGAACAACGAGGGUGAGGGAGACCCCUUCUACGAGGUGCUGGGGCUGGUGACGCUGGAGGACGUCAUCGAGGAGAUCAUCAAGUCGGAGAUCCUGGACGAGUCGGACACGUACACCGACAACCGCAGCAAGAAGCGGGUGGGCAACCAGAAGAACAAGCGGGACUUCUCGGCCUUCAAGGACCCCGUCAACGAGCUGAAGGUGAAGGUCUCCCCGCAGCUGCUGCUGGCUGCUCACCGCUUCCUCUCCACGGGUGAGUUUUUUGCCCCCAACUUCAUCUCAGAGAAGAUCCUGCUGCGGCUCCUCAAAUACUCCGACGUCAUCCAGGAGCUGAAGUUUGAUGAGGAGAACAAGAAAUCCCCGCGCCACUUCCUGUACUGCAAGAACAAGGCAGCCGACUAUUUCAUCCUCAUCCUGCAGGGCAAGGUGGAGGUGGAGGCCGGCAAGGAAUGCAUGAAGUUUGAAGCAGGAGCUUUCUCCUAUUAUGGGGUGAUGGCCCUCAGCCCCUCUCCUGGAUCCGGUAAGCACCCGCCGAUUGCCUGGGUGCCAGCAGGAGCAGAGCCCUCACACCCUGUUUUAGACUACCACGAACGGUCCGACUCCGUCUCCUCCCCCGUCAGCGGCAGCAACAACCAGCUCAACACCGGCACCGGUGCCCAGUACGUGGCCGACUUCAGCGUCCGCGCUCUCACCGACCUCCAGUUCGUCAAGAUCACGCGGCAGGAAUACCAGAAUGGCCUGACGGCCUCCCGCAUGGACAGUGGUCCCCAAUCCCCCGACAGUAACGCCCCCAAACCGGAUACCGGUUUACCGGAGAAACCAGAACCCUCCGCCCCUGCCGACGAGACCACCCGUCUCCUGAACGAGNNNAACUGCCUGAGCCGCCGGAGCAACCACAGCCCCCUGGAAAACUCCAUCUGA